UCAUCCUUUUAUUUCUCAUCACACAAUCCUCAAAGGCUCUAACUCUUCAUUGACCAGACAUUUUUAACACUGCAUGUCUGCUUCAAAACUUUACACUGCAACAACCAAAACCCAAAGCUCUAAACUGGUCCUCUUCAAUGGCAGUGCAGAUGGCUAUCCGAGUUUCACCCACUGCAAGGCUUUCUCUUCCACCACCAUCACCAUCACCACCUUCUCCUUCAGUACCAUCAUCCAUAAUCUCAACCAAACCUUCUUUAAAACCCCGACAACCCAAACCCAUCUCUCUAUCACUCCCAACAUCCACAGCUAUCUCUUUAUUGGCUUUAUUUUCACCUCCCCAUGAAGCCAAAGCUAUCAAUCUUAGCAAAGAACAAAUUAUUUCAUCUCUCAAUGAAGUGGAGAAAACCAUUGAUCAAGUUCAAGAAGCCAGUUCAAGUGCCUUGGAUGUUGCACAACAGAUAUUUGAUGUUGUAGGGAAAGUAUUGAAACCAGCCAUAGAUGCUGGGGUACCUAUUGCUCAGAAAGCUGGAGAAGAAGCAUUGAAAGUGGCUUCUCCAGCUAUAUCUGAAGCUUCAAAGAAAGCGCAAGAAGCAUUUCAAGGCACUGGUCUUGACACUGAACCUGUUCUUAGUGCUGCUAAGACGGCGGCGGACGCGGCGAAACAAACCACAAAGGUGAUUGAAGUAGCCAAGCCUAUAGCUUCUUCAACAAUGGAAACCAUCACAUCAGCAGAGCCAAUAACAAUUGUAGCAACUGGUGGUGCAUUAUUUGUUGCAUAUCUCCUCAUUCCUCCCAUUUGGUCUUUCAUCUCUUAUAACCUUCGUGGUUACAAAGGUGAUCUUACACCGGCUCAAGCUCUUGAUUUAAUCUCUACACAAAAUUAUGUUAUGAUUGAUAUUCGGUCGGAGAAGGACAAGGAUAGGGCCGGUGUCCCCCGCCUUCCCUCCAGUGCUAAGAACAGGAUGGUUGCUAUUCCUUUGGAAGAGUUGCCAAGCAAGUUAAGAAGCUUAGUGAGAAAUACAAAGAAAGUAGAAGCAGAGAUUGCAGCAUUGAAGAUUUCAUAUCUCAAGAAAAUCAGCAAAAGCUCAAACAUUGUAAUCAUGGAUUCCUACUGUGAUUCAGCAAAAACAGUGGCUAGAACAUUAGCGAGUCUCGGUUUCAACAACUGUUGGGUUGUUGCCGACGGGUUCUCGGGACGAAAAGGGUGGUUACAGAGUCGACUCGGAACUGAUUCAUACAACUUUUCGUUGGUGGAGAUCUUGUCGCCGUCUAAUGUGUUUCCGGCAGCUGCUAAACGUUUUGGUACGACCAGCACCAAGUUUCUUCCCGGUGCGGAAUAAUUAUUUGUUGAUUGAAUCAUGGGAAGGUAUAUUAUGAAUGCACAAAGAGAAAUUGAAAUAUGAAUGUGCAUUGUUUGCUUAGAUCACAUCUUUUUCUUGGAAUAAUCUCUUCUAAUUCUUUCA